AAAAAAAAAAAAAAAAAAGUAGGAUUUGAAGGCUCUCUUAUUUGGAAAUAUCUGGUAAGUGCAUGAUUGACCCAAUUUGGCAAGAUGAAUCCAUUUUCACUUGUGUGAUUUCAUACUAACCGUCUCAUUUCUAUUUUGUAGGCUCAUUUUCAUGUAUGCUGACCCAACCUUUUUUUCUCAACAGUACUUCAGUUAUCAUUUGCUGUGUCUUCCAUUCAAACACCGCAGCGCGAGCUUUCUUAGCUUUCAAUUUUUCCUUUUUCCUUGUUGUUUUUCCCACUUUUUUUUUUAUUUUCUUUUUACCUCUUUCUCUAAUUUUAUAUUACCAUUCUUUUUCUCUUCUCCCAUCUUCAAAAUCAAAUAAUACCUGUCAACCAUACUUUUUUUUUUACUUUUUUCUUUUUUUGCCCAUUUCCAUUUACUUUUUUUGUUUGAUUAUAGUUUUGAUUUUUGUUUCCAUUCUUUAGUUUAUUAUCAACCGUAUCCAUUCUUUUAGUUUUAUUAUU